AUGCUUGCUCUUCACUCCGGAAGCCACACUUGCAAACGUCACAUGCACACAAGCUUUGUGCGCCAGGAUUUCAUGUCCUGGUUCAAGAGAAAACAGGCCAAACAAGCUACAGCGCCCGUGAGGGACACUGCAGAAGUGAUCAGCGAGAUCGAAGCUGGUAAGGACCAAGAGGGAACUCCAGAUAAGGGUAAGUUGCGUCUGACGGACAACGAUUUUGUUGGUACAGAAACGGCGCAGCAUGACCGAAUCCAGCGCGCAAAACUCGUGCAAGAUGUGCCGUUCAACAAGUGGCUUUCCGGCGAGAAAGUGAAGGAUGAGCGUACGCUGAAGCAGAUUCUAAUCGAGGUGCAUAAUGCGUCGACUGAUGCCGCACACAAAAUCAACACCAUUGAGGAUCCAGCCGCACAAACCGCAUUUCAAGAUCUUACUUCCAAAUUCCAUUUCUCCAAGCAAGUCCAGGCGCGUACGGGUAUCAUGAUUCCAGACUACACACUUACCAGACUACGUUCGUGUGCGUCGUUUCACACCUACUUCCAAUCAGAAAUUCUUUCGGGCAAACACGCCCGUUACAACGAACGUGAGCCUAACGCCAUCCAUCUCAGCGACAGCGCGUUCUCUUCAACCAACAUCCAUGUAGUCCCAGAAGUGAAGACGCGGGACCGGAAGAAGAAAUUGUCCUUGCUUCUAGCUGAAGCGGCAGCGCGGGAACGCGAUGCUGCCCAAAAAGCUUUGCAAAGCGCUCGCUCCGAGGGUCUUUGA